UCUUGAUUUUGCCUAAAUUCCCCUGAUUUUCAAUUCAUCUAAUUCCCCUAAUUUCCCUCCUUUCCCCUUCACCCUUUUUCUUGGAAAACUCUAGGAGAGUUAACGUCUUUGUUGGGUGUUUUCGUUUUGUAUUCGGUUCGAUUCGCUUAAGAAUCUGGUUUGUUUCUUUGGUUUCGGCUCAAAUUGUUCUCUUUUGCGUUCAAAUUCUUGGAUGUCUGGUGUGGAGAGUACAAGAGAUACGAGGAAGGGUGAAGACGGACCUAGCACUUCGCUAGGAAGACCGAAAGCUGAUGAUUUUGGGAGAUGGGUUUCGAAGAUUGCUGUGGCGCAGAUUUGCGAGAGUGUUGGUUACCAGGGAUUUAAAGGGUCUGCUUUGGAGGCCCUUGCAGAUAUCUCGAUUCGGUAUCUCUGUGACUUGGGGAAAAAUGCAAGUUUUCAUGCUAAUUUAGCUGGUAGGACAGAAUGCAACUUGUUUGAUAUAACGCGGGCUAUAGAAGAUUUGGGAGAUUCACAUGGGUUUCCUGGUGCUUCAGAGAUUGGGAAUUGUCUAGUAGGCUCGGGCAUAGUUAAGGAAAUUGUUCAGUUUGUGGAUACAAAAGAGGAAAUCCCAUUUGCUCAGCCGGUGCCUAAGUUUCCGAUUGUUAGGAACGGGAAGCUGAUUCCUAGUUUCGAGCAUAUGAAUGAAGCCCCGCCUGGAAAGCAUAUCCCAAGUUGGUUGCCGGCUUUCCCUGAUCCCCACACUUAUAAUCAUACACCUAUUUGGAAUGAGAGGGCAUCAGAUCCUUGUGCUGAUAAGAUCGAGCAAGCACGGCAGCAGAGAAAGGCUGAGAGGGCUUUGCUGAGGUUGCAACAGAGACUGGUGCGUAAUGGCUCUACCGGAACUUCUGCUUCCUUGGUUUUGGAUGCAACAGAAGCUGGAAGUAACCCCUUUCUCGCAGCCCCACUUCAACAGGGAGAGAAAGAGGUUUCAGAGGUUGUUUUGCCAGCUAAGCUUUCCAAUGAAGUGAGCAAGGGUGAUCAUAUUUCUUUGCUGGAUGCAUUUGCUCCUGCCAUUGACGCAAUGAAAACUGGCCCAUCCGACAGAUUAGAUGGUGAAAAGACGUUCCUGCCUGAAAAAAGGCCUAGCGUUCAAUUCAAAUUCAAGACUGGCAAGAAAAUCUUGGGUGAGUCACUAGAUUUGAGCUUGCAGAGAAAGGGUGAGAGGAGCUCAACAUUCUUUUUGCGCGAUGACGAGAGGGACGAUAAGAAGAAGAGAGCUGAGUUUAUUCUUAGACAGACUACAGAGUAUCCCAUGGAACUUAACCAGUCUUGAAAGUGUAUUUUAGGUAGUUCUUUCUCCAAAUCUCGUAUUUUUUUCUUGUAAUCAAUCAUUUUAGUGAGCUGUCGUAGCGUUAUCCUUGGAUCAUGUUGACAUGGAUUGUAAUCACACUGUUGGGGGAGACAGAUUUUAGGGGACGCUACUGGUUUGACAUCACUGGCUCUAGUUUCAUUUUAUUCAUCAUUUCUUCACCAUUUGUGUUGUACUGAAUACUGACGUUUUAUAUUGGAUUAUGCACCAAAGUUUUUCUGCC